GACAAAGUUCCUCACGCUGAGGACAAGCUUACUCACGCUGAGGACAAGGUUCCUCACGCUGAGGAUAAGGUUCGUCACGCUGAGGACAAGGUUGCUCACGCUGAGGACAAGGUUCCUCACGCUGAGGACAAGGUUCCUCACGGUGAGGACAAGGUUACUCACGCUGAGGACAAGGUUCCUCACGCUGAGGACAAGGUUUCUCACGCUGAGGACAAGGUUCGUCACGCUGAGGACAAGGUUCCUCAUGCUUAUGACAAGGUUCCUCACGCUGAGGACAAGGUUCCUCGCGCUGAGCACAAGUUUCCUCACGCUGAAGACAAGCUUACUCACGCUGAGGACAAGGUUCCUCACGCUGAGGAUAAGGUUCGUCACGCUGAGGACAACGUUGCUCACGCUGAGGACAAGGUUCCUCACGCUGAGGACAAGGUUCCUCACGGUGAGGACAAG